UGCGGGUUGCCGCAGAACCCCCAAAAGCUUGCGGUGUCAUACAGGUUGCCGCAUCAGCCCGCAUUCGCGUUUGCGGCCGUGGGACGGGCAGCCGCAACCCGCCUCCUUAGCUCCAUCUGAAAACGCGAUAUGCCCUCCUUUUCCAAACCACCUUCCUGUCAUUCUUCCCGUUGCCUUUCUCUCAUUCGAUCUCCUCGUCCCUGCUGGUUGUGUUCAUAACCAACGCGCUGUCCCGCCGAUCGAUGCCGAUAAGUACACUCACUGUCUCCCUCGAGUGCUACUAAACCUGCUGAGCUGCUUACUUCACUGUUCGCCUCGCGUAAUCCCACUAGGGCCGUGCAGUCUGCUCCGACCGCCGAUAAGGAGAACGACCCCUUGCUGUCUCGAACUCAACAAAUGGGCGCCGCCUCGUCGCGCGAGGGGGACGCGGCCCGUGCGGCCGCGCGGGAGCACACGAAGCGGUGCCGCGAGCGCCGGCGGGUCUUGAGGGAGGCCGUGCGGCUGCGCCGGCACCUCGCGGCCUCGCACGCCGCGUACCUCAGGUCGCUCGGCGUCGUCGCGUCCACGCUCACGCGCUUCGCGGUCGGCGAGCCGAUCCCCGUGUCCGACCACACCCCGCCCGCGGUGCUGGUGCACCGCCCGCUCCCACCCUCCUCGCCGCCGCCGCUCCUCCGUGCCAUCGAGCGACAGCGCGAGGAGCAGGACGCCGGUUUUGUUGCUGACGUUGGCGCGGCGGCCACGCGAACCGAAGGUGGGGGCGAGGGCGGCGAGGAGCUGAGGAUGGUGGUGAGGCACCACAGCCUCGCGGAGGUCGCGGCGGGGUUGGAGGAGUACUUCGUCAAGGCAAGCGUCGCCGGCGACGCUGUGUCGAGCCUACUCGAGAUCAGCAGCGCCGAGUUCAAAGGUGGCUCGAACAGCUUCUUGGGCGCGCUCUGCUGCCUCUCGGCGCCAUCGGUUGCACACGACCGCGUCGACAGCAUGAACGGCCGGCAGAGGCACAGCUCCACCUUGCAGCAGCUCCUGGCAUGGGAGAAGAAGCUGUACAAGGAUGUCAAGGCGAGAGAGCACCUGCAGAUCAAGCACGACAAGAUGCUCGCUGAGCUGCGGGACCAGGAGUACAGCCGGAAGAUCGACGUCGACAUCCAUAAGCUCAAGGCCGCGUGGGUCAGGGCGCGCGCGCAGCUCGCGGCCGCCUCCCAGGCCGUGGACGCGAGCUCGUCCGCCAUCGCCGAGCUCUGCAACACCCACCUCGCGCGGCAGUUGCUCGGGCUCUGCCACGCCACGCUCGACAUGUGGAAGGUGAUGCGCCAGCACCACGAGGCGCAGAGCCUGAUCACGCAGCAGCUGCGCGGGCUGAGCAGCCUGACAUCCAUGGAGCCCACGACGGAGAUCCACCAUGAUGCCACGCGGGCGCUCGAGGCCGCCAUGAAUGUCUGGUGCGUGGCGAUGGGCCACAUGACCAAGCACCAGCGCGACUACGUCCACGCCAUUCACGGCUGGCUCAAGCUGACGCUGACGCCAAUAAACGGCGUCGAGGCCUCCCCCGUGGCAGCCGAGCUCACCGCCUUCGUCGACCGGUGGGGAAAGGCGCUCGACCGCGUGCAUUGCGUCGACGCGCUGAAAUCGAUGAAGAACUUCUCCGGCGCCGCCCGCGCGCUCUACGCGCUCCAGAGCAACGAGCUGCGGGUGGCGCGGCGCGUGAGGCAGUACUCCCGAGAGCUCGACCGAAAGUCCCGCAUGCUGCGCCAGGUCGAGAAGAGCUACUACGACUCUUACGCGCCCGCGGGCAUCUCGCUGUGGCACUGGGGGAGGGCCUGGAGGGAGGACCACAUGCAGGCGCGCGACACACACAAUGAGGUGGCGCAGCGGAGGGAGGAGAUCGCCGCGUGCCGGAAGACGGUGGAGGACGAGAUGCGAAGGCACGCGAAGGCGAUCGACGCGACGAGGUCGGCGACGGUCAGCAGCGUGCAGGGGAAGUUGCCCGCCGUGUUCCAGGCGAUGGCCGCGUUCUCGACGUCGCUUGCGCAUGCGCUGGAGGCUGUGUGCAGGGCGCCGCAAAAUACCCAUGCACAGUAGCUCACUAGUUCUAUGAGUUGAUUAUUUUGCGUUGCCUUUUUUCUUUCUGUUUUUCGCGUCUAUACGUACAUUUCGAAGGGACAAGACAGUAUAAAGUCGAGACAUUACCGUGCUCAGCGAUUCUACUGUUUUUGCCUAUGUAUAUUCUUACCCUUUGCACCUGCA